AAUAAUCGUGUGGAUUUCUCGACGAUUCGUGUCUUCAUACACGAAGUCGUUCAGUAGGGACCUAUUCCGCUGUGUUUUGUUGAAUGAGAAUAGUACUCAUUUCGUGUUUUUGGAGGUGUUAGCCAUCUACCACGUCUGGACUUGAAGACGAAGGAGUAUUUUUUUUUCUAGGUGAUUUUCUUUUUAUCUCUUAGUUUAGGUAGUCUAGUUUUUCACUAAAGCACACACGUUUUAUAGUACUUACCCCGAAGUUGUCGAGAGGUCUCGCUUUCGGUAAUAGGAAUAUAUUGUGUUUGUGCUUGGUGUAUUUUCUGUUGUGUAGGUAAAAAAAAAGUGAAUGCACACGCGAUCACAGGGUACACCACCGUUUGGACUACUCUGUUAUCAAAGAAGAAGUAAGGUUAGAGGGUCAGAGUUUGAGAUCUUCCCGGACUAUUCGAGUCCAUUCAGAAGUAACCGACUCUUUGGUGAAGAAAGGGAUCAGGAUUCAGACGGUGAAUCAAUGGCUGAGAACAAUGAGAUUCCACCACCCAUGGUGAGGUUUGGCGACACUCUGAGAUCGGGAAUUGAGUACCCAGGGGAGUGUGCCUACGCAAAUGACAACGUCAACAUUCUACCUCACUACAUCAGUUUGGUGAAUGGAGGAAAUCUUUUUCAUGGACGGGAUGAUGAAGAUCCGGUGAGCCAUUUGAAUGCCUUCUACGAGCUGACAAAUUCUCAUAGACCUCCAAAUGUGGAGCAUCAUCGGAUUAAGAGGGCCUUAUUUCCAUUCUCAUUGAGGGAGAAGGCAAGAGCGUGGUAUGACUCAUUACCGGGCUACAACAUAGCAACUUUCCAAGAGUUGAAGUCGUUGUUUCUUGUGGAAUACAACUCUCCAAUGAAGAUUGAGAAGUUGAGAGAGGAGAUCACCUCAUUCCGACAGAAGUAUGAUGAGUCCUUCGCGGAGGCAUGGAAGAGAUUCACGGAGUUGAUAAGGAAAUGCCCAAGUCACGGACUAGCUCCGGGGCAUGACCUUUUGAAGUUCUACAAGGGACUCAACAGUGAAGGCACGGGAUUGGUGACUGCAGGUUCGAAUGGGAACCUAGAUGAUCUAACUCACGAUGAGGUGAGGGCCUUGUUUCAAAGGUUGGCCAACAAUCAAAGGAAUUGGCACAAUCCAAGGAGAGGAGCUGAUAGAGCAGGAGAUACGUUUGGUGCUACAAAGGAGGCGGAAAGAGUGACCGCAAUUGAGGCUCAACUGGCAGACAUCAGCACCCAAAUGUCGUCAAUGACAAAGGCGGUUAAGUCUCUUCAAUUGACUCCUCAACCCCAAGCUGUGACUGUGAUGAGAUGUGGAUUGUGUCAAGGAGGGCAUCAUACUGAUCAGUGCCCAAGUCUUCAAGGACCACCAAUGGAGGAUGUGAACUACAUUGGUAACAAUCGACAAGGGUUCAACCAAGGCAACCAAUACAACAAUCAGCAGAAUUGGAGGCCUCAACAAACGGGUUGGAAUCAAGCUGGUCCUAGCAACAACUCGGGUAAUCAAUGGAGGAACAAUACUCAACCCCCGGGUUAUGAGAAGAAGCCAUCAGUCGAGGAUCAGUUGGGACAGAUUCUCUCUUUUAUGAAUAAGAGUCAAAAGGAGAAUGAGAAUUUCAAGGAAAAAACAGUGGAAAAGUUUGGACAGAUGGAGGCUACAAUGAGGAAUCUCGAGACUCAGAUUGGACAGCUUGCCACGGCAUCACACACGAGGAUUCCUAACACCAUCCCAAGUAAUACUGUACCCAAUCCGAGAGGUAAUGAACAGUGCAAAGUAGUGACUUUGAGAAGUGGUAGAGAGUUGGAUUCAACACCAUUAAUGGACGGCCAAGGUACUUCCGGCAUCUCACACGCAGGGGCGGAUGAGAUGUUAGGCUUGCAUUCCUCGCACGCAGGGGCGGACGAGGCAUGUAAGAGAAGUCCCGAGUUGGUGCAGGGGGCCCAACAUGGUCAAGAACAGGCUGCAUCCGGCAGCAAGGAACAUGGUGAAGAAUCCGAUGCAAGUGGAAAGUGUUCAGCAGAAGAGAAGGGUAAGAAGAUAGUGGAAAUGGAGUCAAAGAAAAAGAUGUUGACAAGUCCAGCACUAGAUCCGAAAAGCAAGUUCAACUUCCCCGAUCAUAUUCCUCCUCCACCAUAUCCAACCAAGAGGAAGAUGAGGGUCCCCAAAGAGAAAAGCUUUGAGUGGAUGAUGAACGUGAUCCGGAAAGUGAAUAUGGAUGUAUCAUUGGUGGACCUCUUCACUAAUUUCCCCAAGUUCUCCAAGUUUUUCAAGGAUAUGAUGGCAAACAAGGAGAAAUUGCAAGAUGAGGGGAUAGUGGCCUUGAGCAUGAAUUGCUCACAACUGAUUUCGGGAAUGAUGCCAAUGAGAAGAGGGAUCCGGGAAGUUGUGUGA